AUGGCUACCACCCCUCCCGCUCCUCUCCCCCCUCCCAUCGACGCCUCCUCGGUCGACAAGCUGCAGCUUGCUGCAGAUCGCUCCGCCAUCAACUGGCACUCGCUCGUCGGCAGCAUCCGCCGUGUCCCUCAGGACGCCUUCGUCGGACCCUACUGCGUCCUUGACGUUCUCCUCCGCCGUCCGCAGGCUCUCCAGCCGACCGCACCCAAUCACCCUGGCGAACCUCCUCCUCUCCCUCCCCUUCCUGGCCCCCCUCCUCGUGAGCCUACCCUCGACGUGGCCGCUACCCCCGAGCUUCAGGCUACUGCGGACGCCACUUUCCUCCACAACCGCCGCGAAUACCUCAUCCGCAAAGCCGACCAUGACGUUGCUGUGCUCAACCACGAAUUUGCAUCAUCGGAGCGUGCCACUCGCCUGGAGCUGAUUGCGGAUUAUACCACCUCCAUGGCGACCUACAUCCCCAACAGCAUCGCUUGGGCCGCUGCCGACAACCGCGCCUGCACCAUCCUCCUCGGUGCACUCCCCGACGCCCUCAUGCGCCGCUUCCAAGCUCGUGAGAUGCGAGCUCACCUGAUUUGGACCGAGCUUCAGUCUAUGUUCGAGCGCCGCGACAUCAGCUCCGUCGGCGUUCUCUUCCAGGAGUACUUCUCCAUUUCCCUCGCCACCUGCGACGGCGCAGUCGACUACGUGGGGCGCAUGCAGGAGGUAGCCGAUCGCCUUGCCGCUCGCAAGGCUGCCCUUUCCGAGCCCUUGCAGAUUCAUCGUCUGCUCUUCAACCUCACGCCGGACUACGAGUCCCGCCUGCACGCCUUCACCGAAGCAAACCCCUUGGCUGGCCUCACCGAGGUGACUCAGUGGAUCAUUGACACGGAGGUCAAGCUCCGCACCCCCAUUGUCAACCUCACCACCACUCCUUCCUCCUCCACCUCCCUCAAUGCCACGCAGCCGCGCAACCAGGGUGGUCGCAACGGCGGCGGAGGGGGUCGUGGAGGGGGCGGAGGUGGUGGUGGUGGUCGGGGUGGUGGCGGUGGUGGCCGUAGUGGCCGUGGUGGUGGUGGAGGUGGUGGCCCUGGUGGUACCACUCCUGGAGGUUCCUCUGGUGCCGGUGGAGCUUGUCCCUGA